AUGAUUGCUAAUGAUAUCUCUAUUCUUGGAAUUGCUGAAGCAUGAUUGAAAACUUCUUUGUAUAUUCAAGGAUUAUCUGAAUUGGAAAUAAUGGCCGAUUGCUGGCAACAGAGAAUCAGGUUGAACUGGAUUAUUAAGACACGAAGCAUUUCCAAAUCUAAUAACAUCAUUGAAACUAAUAAUCAUAGAAUAGCAGCAACAUUAAUUGAAGAUUACUUAAUAAUAGUAGCUUAUGCCCCAGUAGUAACAAAUCACCAGAGUAAGAAAUCAAUUGAUGACUAUAUUAACUUUAUCAUAGAAGUUCAAGAAAUUUUUUAA